AUGGAGACGCGAAGGCAGUCGACUUCGCCUGCAGUUUCUGGCGACGCUGGGGCUGCAGGUGACUCGGGUCCUGAACGGAGACAGGAGACGCCCAAGACGGCGGAACGACGCGCGGCCGCCUGGAGCGUGUCCUGGCGCGCGUCGUCGAACUUUGCAGAGGUGGGGCUCUGGCGAGGAACAGCUUAUUCUCUUUCGGCCGCGUCGUCGUCGAGGAGAGUCUCGUCCGGCGGCCGGGAGAAAGCAGGCUGUGCCGCGCAGGCGUCUCCGCUGGCGAGCCUGUCGAAGUGGGGCGACCGGAGAAGGCGAGAGACCAGCGGGGAGACCGCUCUCUUUUCCUCGGGAGAUCAGCCCGGAGUCGCGAAGGAGACAGAGCCUGCGGGAGAAGUCUAUCUGCAGAAGGCUCGGGCCGAUCCCAGGCUCUCUGCUCUCCGCUCCCCUUCGUCUUCAUCAUCCUUCCCCGUUGAGGAGCGGCGCGCUCUCAAGUUUCGGUCUUCCGAGAGUGUGCAUGCCAAAGGCUGGGCUCGAGACGCGGGGUUGCCUGCGAGGGUGACGAGGACGGAGAGAAAAGAGGGUUCGGAGGAGCAGACGCGCGACGCAGGCAAGAGCGAGGAGAGCCUCCAGAGGGCCCCGCGUGGAGGCGCGCCGCUUUCGCAGGCUUCGUCGCCCUCGGAGGAGUCGCAUGCAACGGCGGGUUGGCAGAUAAGUAAAGAAGGGGGGAAAGGCGCGUCUGCCCAGUUUCCGCGUUUCUCGGGGAGCCGGAGUGGAGGAGAGCGUUACUCGGGGAAGGCUCCGAUGACGUCUCUGCAGGCUACAAGCGCAAACGUGCCUUGGGACAAGGAGAGACCGCGAGUAGAUAGUGGAGAGACGGGCGACCUGGGAGACGGAACGGCAGGCGCCAAGUGGCGGAAGACCGGGGAGAAAAAAUUGGCUUAUACAGGAGGAAGCCGGUCCGCGUAUUCGUGGAGUCCAUGGAAGAAGACCAAUCAGGGAAAAGGCGCCGAGAGUGGCACAGGCCAGCAGUUCCCGAUCACCUUUCCGAGUUCGAACUUCGCGCCGUCGUCCACGUCUCUGAACGCGCAGAAAAAGACGAACGGAGAAACCGGGAAGGGCGGGCGCACAAAGACCCCGGCAUCUCCGUCCCCGUUCGGCGCGGCUGGGGCUUCUCCUUCGUCUCCGUCUUCUCGCUUUCAGCCUUCCUCUUCUUCUCGCUUGCAGUCUCCGUCUUCGUCUUCUUCUCGCUUGCAGUCUCCGUCUUCUUCUUCUUCUCGCUUGCAGUCUCCGUCUUCGUCUUCUUCUCGCUUGCAGUCUCCUUCUUCUUCGCCGUCCUCGACUUCGUUUCGGCGACCUUGGAUGAAGUGGGCACCCUCGGGGGAGACAGUGCAGGGGGGAAGGAAGGGCGGCGCCGGCUCAGGCCAGGAGACGAGCUCUGCGUCUUCGCCGGCGUCUCUGUUGUUCUCUCUCGAGAAGAGAGAGGAAGAAGAGGCGCGCAUGGCUGCGCUCAGGCAGGCGCUUUCCGCCCAGGAAGUCACUGAUUUGCAGAGAGAAGUUGCCGAGACGGUGGCCUCUCUGCCGGCGGAGUUCUUGAAGGGCUGCGGCCACGAAGAGAAAGUCAGAGCCUUUGAGAAGCAGGCGGCCGGAGAAGUAAACGAGGAGGGCCGGAGCAGCAAACAAACCACGCCGGAAGAUGCACAUGCGCAAAGCCUUGGGAAGAGCUCGUCCUCGCCGUCCCCACACUCCCCUAGCUUGUCUCCACUCCGGCCGUGGCCGAGCGUCGUCGCCGCCAACGGGCCCGUUGUCUCCGUCCUCUUGACCCUUGCGCAUUAUCGCCUGACAGAUUGCGAGCGCUUGAGAUCCAUGCAGCCUUCUGGCGGCGGCUCUUCUGGCGGCGCGAGUGUGCCCUUCUCGCCGGCGCCUUUCUCGUCCGGCGCGCCGACCCUCGUUCUGUCCGCAGACGGGAAGACGCCCGACGCGCUCUUCCACGGCCACAAACAGUACGUGAAGGCCGCGCAAGUUCUGCAGGAGGCGGCGAUCCCCGUGCGGUCGCUUCCCGAGGCUCUGGUCCUCUUUCGCCUCAAAGGCCUCGCCUUUAAGGGCGCCGAGAAGCGGCUCAAAAUGGAGCCCGACGCGGCCGCGCAGGCCCCGCGGCCAGUCUUCGCCUCCAGCACGCUCCAGGCGGUCUUUGAGGCCCUCGAGACUGGGACGUGCGCGGAGAUCCGCGAACGGAGACAGCAGAAGAGGCUUGAAGCGAUUGCGAGUCUCAUGCAGAUCGACGGCGUCGGCCGCAAAACUGCAGAAACCGUCGUAGACCAGUGCGGGAUUCUCUCACCGGAAGAGCUGCGCCUGAGCCUCGCCGUGGCGAUUGCAGAGUCGGAGGCAGGAAGGAGCGGGGAGGAGGCGGGCAGCGAUACCGCUGCGAAGGCGAGCAGGAAGCGCGAGAAGAAGGGGCGAGCAACGAAGGCAGAUACCGGCGAGACAGAAGACGCGAGGCAAGGGGCGUCGGCUACACUUCUUGCGCUCUUUGGGACGCCGCAACUACGAGCAAAUGUCCUGCACGGGGCCGCGCUGACGGCGUCAAUGCACCCCACCGAGUUCCUCAUGUGGCAGAAGAAACUCGUCGCUGCUGUCGGAGAUUCCGCCUUCGAUUCACUCAGCUUCUCACUCCCUCCCCACGCCUCCCAUUCACCCAGUUCGUCUUCUCAGUUUGAUGUGGCUGCUGACCACGGGGCGCAUGGCGCGUCGGUGGACGAAGAGCGAGGUGGCGAGGGCCGAGGGCCGGGCGUUUUGGUGACGCCUGUCGUCGCAGUGGGCGGCGGCCUUUUUUCGCGGGCGGCGUCCUCCGCUUCUCGCCCUGGAAAUCGACCGAGAGAGAUAGACGUUUUUCUCUCGAUGCUUCCGGAGCCUCUGCCUGUGCCGCCUGCGUCGCUUCUGUCUCUCCAGGGCGGCGGAGAUGGAGAAGGGCCUAAGCGGAGACAGCCGGCCGAGAGGAGACGAUCGGCGGAAAGAGGAGACAGCGCGGGACCCAACGGCGCCGCGCCGGAGACGGUCGCGGCAUGCGACUGGUCAGCGGCGAGGCGAGAAGAUCUUUUGGAGGGCGUGAAGAAAAGGAAAAACGAGCUUUUCAGCCGCUUCCUCGCAGUCCUUCAGAAAAACAAUCUCGUCGAAGACGUCCUCGAACAAAAGGAUGGCCCGGCAGCCUUUCCCUGGGCGAGACUGAUUGUCCGUCUUCCCUGGAAUACAGUCGCGAAACGACAGCUUCGCGUGCGCGUUGUCUCGCCCGACAUUUUGCCCUUCAUCAGCCUCGAGAGCCGGUGCUCUGCAACGCCCUUCAAGGAGAUCCAGGAGCACGUGAAGACGCGGUUCAACUGCCAGCUGACGGCCGACCGCCUCGUCUUCCCGCCGUCCACAUCGCCUCGCCCAUCAACUUCUUCCUCUGCGUCGUCUGAGACCUGUUCCUCGGCAGACGCCGCCGGCGACGCCGGGGCCGAGGCGAGCGUCGGAGGCAGAAGCGCAGGCGCCGAAAAGGUGCAAGAAGAGCGGAGAGAGAAACUGAAGGACUUGGUGAGCACGUGGGUGUUCACAGAAGACCAGCUUCUCCAGGGUCUCGAGGUGCCCGUGCCUCUGUCGCUGGGGCAGCGCCUCGUCAGUCUCUCCUACCGCGGAUACAUCAGCGCCUCCGGGUCGCAGAGGCAGCCGUCCAGAUGA